GUGGUGUAAAAGGAAAGUUACUCUUUAAGAAAGUACUCUGUAAAGACCCGCCCCCUUCAGUCUCAUUUCAAACGGCAGCUUCAAACCAUCCAGAGGAUUCUCGUCACCAUUUCCUUGUCCUCCAUCCUUCAGUAAGUUUCUCCAAAUUGUAUUUUAAAUGAACAUUUUUUAAGAUUUCAACCUUAGAAGCAUGUUGUGAUGUUUUUGUUCAUACACUCCACCCGGGUUUGUGUGUUAGUAUUCAGAAUUUCGAAGGGUGAGGGUGACGGAGUGGAUGGAUAGCUUAAAUAUGCAAGUCACACGGAGCUAUUGAAAUACAAAACUGGACAGUGUGGGUAAGAAGGGAGGGUUAAUGUUGGGUAGUUUGCAAAAUCUUUCAAAUAUCCAGGGUUUUGUAUGCAAGUUUUGAGUUAGUGUAGCGUGGACUAACUGAGUUGUAAGUGUGUAAAAAACACUCCACCCAUCCCAAAAAAACCCCUCAAAAUUUUGCACGCGACUCUGGCCCGUGUAGUCGUGUCCACUUUUGGGGGGGUUCAGAAUAUUGUCACCCUAACUAAAUAAGAGAUCAAAAAUACAAGUAUGAAUUUUUCACCACCUUUUAUUGUUUUAUAAGCAGUAACAUCAGUGUUUCUGCUUAUACCAAGUUGUCUAUCAAGGCCUUUGGAAAUGUGUCUUUACAACGAUAAACACUCUAAGAGUAUCUUUUUGUUGUAGAUCAUAAUCUAUUUCCACAGACACCACCAUGUUAAUAAAGACAAAAAUCAAGAAUGAGCAGAAAUAUGUCAAGAUCAGCGAGCCCAGCCUGGGAGAAUUCUUGAAUUCUGGUAGGUCAUCUGUCACAAUCCAUUUUAUGAGUAGAAAUUGGGUGCUAUUUGAUGACUUGAAGAUUUGAACAGCACUUUUGUAUCAAUCUAAAGUCAAUCACAUCUUUAAGUUUUUGGUAGCUAUCUUUGUAGCAUCUCCCAAGGCCACAGCCAGUGGGGGCUAACUUUUGUUGGUAGUUUUCUUAAAUUUUUUCCUCAACUAACAAGUGUGGUAUCAAGGGAAACCAUUUUUUGACUUGGUAGGACAGAUAGUGUCUUUUAAUCUUCUCAAGCAUUUCCUAUUGAGUGACCCCUGUUUAUGUUUACUUCUUAAGCUUUCCUGAAGUUCUCCAUCGCACCUGUAAGUGAAGGAGUCAGAGUUUUUGAUGAGACAGGGACUGAGAUUGAUGCAGACGUCUUUGAAGAGGUGGCACAGCAACCAAAUGCUGGUGUAUUUGCUAUCUCAUUUGACAGCGGUAACCUUGCUCUUUCCUAAUUUCCGUUCUUUUUAGCUUAGUCCUUGGAAAAGAAAUGGUAGGUGUAAUUUUUUUCCUCCUUUCUCUCUCCUGAACUUCACUUAGAUUUCCAGGGAACAACUCCCUCUGACUGUUCCAGAGGUUGUGCUACAUCUGCUGUUGCUCUGCUUGAUUCAGUAGCUAAUUCACAGCUGGAUCUUUCAGCCUGUAGCGCUGAUGACACAAUCAUCCUGGAAGUUGCAGCCUGUAGCUCUGAUGAUACAAUCAUUCUGGAUGAGGAUCUUAGCCCUGCUAGAAAAUGGCAGAGGGCAGAGGAUCAAGCUAAAAUUGUAAGUUCAUAUUUGAAAUUUGUAUUAUAACAGCUUUUUGGGGGGAUGGCACACUUUCUGAUUAUUCUUUUAAGGUAUGGUGAACUGUUCAAGAAUUCCUUAAUUUGAAUUACUAUUUGCUUUUAUCCUUCUCUGUCCCUUCACAGGUGGUUGAACCUACGCUGAACAGCAAACCAGCUGAAGAUCGUAAUGUCAAGUAAUACAACUGAACAAAGAGUCUGACUGACUCUUCAUGCUGACAGAUGGUUAACAUCCUUGCUGCAGACAUGACUGAAAUCUGUGGGUAAGUCAAAUAGCCUUGACAUGCUGAGCCAUUUUUCCCAAUGCUAUUUAUGUUAAUGUAAUUUUUGUAAAGUGCCAUAUUCUAAUUCUCAGUACUCUUACUUUCAUUAAAAUUAGUUCUUAUCCACUCUUUUUCUCUUCAGAACAUCACCGCCAAAGCAUGUGAGAGAGAAGUAUGCUCGAGAAAUAGUUGCAACAUUCCCUUACCUGAUGGAUCCAAAAAUGGAUAUGUAAGCAACUUAACUCUCCUUAUAAAUGUUGAUCACAACUUUUAUCUGUUUUGCAUUAACAAUCAUCAUGAUGUUAUUUGCAAGGAACAUUUCUAUGAUCCUGAAAGUGGCAGUGGUUAUUUAGCAUGGAGGCUAAAAACCAUCCAGAGGAAAAGUGCUUCAUCAGAGGGCAGAGGGUCUUCACCUCAGCAGCUGGAGGGUGGUGGGCCAACAGCUAGAAGAAAGGCUUUAUUCAGUCCAGACAUCACCCUGAGUGAAGAGCAAUGGAGGGAAGCCAUGUCCUUUAUGAAGUACUCUACUGAUGAGGCCGCCAUCAAGCAGAAGAUGAAUAUAACAUGUGAAUAUCGUCGCAGUAUGAUUCUCGAUGAAGACAAAUGCUCAGAAGUCUUGUCUGAAUUUCUGAAUUUCACUUCAUUGUAUGAGAAAACUGCAGUUCUAGUGUUAUGUGAUCGAGAGCUACUGCACUUGACCAAAAAACUUAUUUAGCACUUUUUAUUGUAAACCAAACCUUGUG